GUAUUGGAGCGCGUUAGUAUGAACACAUGCACUGCAUAAGCGACUCUCAAGUCAGAUGCGCGGUGCCUCGACGGAUCUGUCGCAGCUGCCCAGUUAAAACAGACAGCAUACAACUGAAAUGUCUAAAGCAGUCCUGCAAGCUUGGGAGGGGCGCUUCCUCAGCGGAGAGCUCAGCGACUGCGAUGUGGUCUUCUUCCUGGAGCCCGAGUGUGCUGGCUCGCCGCUGACGGGGCCCUACGCCCUCUCCAACCAAGCCGACGGCCGCGUGCUCGUCGGCGCCCCGCUGCCCGCGCACACCCGCAUCCUGUGCGACGGGUCAGAGCUUUUCCCCGCCGAGCUAGAGCGCUGGCGGGUUGCAGCUGCGGACGCAGAUGGCGAUAGCGGAGGUGCCAGCUGCUCGGGCGGCGAAGGGGCAGCGGGCGCUGACGCAGGGACAGGGGGCGCCGAGGCAGCGGCACGGGGCGCUGACGGGGCCAGGCCCGCCAAGCGGCAGCGCGUGGCGGCGGCCGCGGGUCUGGCGGCGGGAGGCGGCGGGCGGCCGCAGCUGCACGUGGGGCUGUGGGCUCCCGGGGAGCGGCGGCUGGCGGAGGCGCUGCUGCGCUUCAUGUACUGCGGCGUGUUGCGCCUCAGCACCAUGCCCGACCUGCUGCGGGCGCGGCCGGUGGCGCUGCGCCUAGCCAUCGAGGGCGGUGUGCAGGCCUGCGACGACAGUGUGCGGGCCUCGCUCGGGGCGGCAAAGGCGGCGGGCGAGGCGGCGGUACAGGCGGUGCUGUUGGACCUGUACGCCUGCCGCGCACUGCUGCCUGAGCCCGAAGACGCUGCGGGCGCUGACCCCACCGGGCCCGAGCUGCGGCGGGACGUGCUCACCUUCAGUCGGGCAGCUGUGGUGCAGCGCUGCAAGGACAUGUACGGCGCUGGUGGUGCUGCCCGUGCUGCUGGUGGGGCGGCUCCUGCUGGAGCGGCUCCUGCUGGAGCGGCUCCUGCUGGGGCGGCGGCGCCACCUGCGGCUGGCGUUGCAGCGGCUGCUGCUGGGGCGGCGGCUGUCGCCGGUGCUGGUGCGGCGGCUGGUGCGGUCGGGAUCCCUGCAGCAGCUGGGGCAGCAGCGGCUGCGGCGGGCGAUGCGGCGGGCGAGCAGCCAGGCAGCGGCAGUCCGCCACUGGGCGAGCUGCUGGCUUUCGCAUUCCAAAGCGUGUCUUCCAUCCUCCAGGAAGUGCCCAUUCGCAUGCAAUUGCUUAGCCUCCCAUGGGAAGCAAUGGAGGCCUUGCUGGCAUCGGAGGGCUUUGCCACGGACGACGAGGCGAGUGUGGUGCUGCUGUUGGCACACAGGCGGUACUGGCGCAUGAAGAACGAGUUGCCCCAGCAGGUCACUGCCCAUGUGCAGCGGCUGCUGCGUCACAUCCGCUGGCCGCACGUGAGCGACGCCUUCCUGCUGCAGUACGCGCCCCACGUGCCCUGGCUGGGCAUGAGCUGGGAGCGCGCCGCAUGGCUGAGCAUGUACGCGCGGGCAACAACGCCGGAGCAGCGCUCGACCAUGGAAAGGGCCGCAGCAAGACAUGAACAGCAGCAGCAGCAGCAGGGUGGGGCGCAGGCGGCACACGAGCACGUCAGCUUCCACCUGGAUGCGCCCGGCCACCGCGCGCCCCGCCGCCCCGCCGCCCGCCCGCCCGGUGUGCGGGCCUGCGCCGUGGAUGCAAAGGAGCUUGUUCGCGUACAGACGGGGCCGGUGGGCUCACGAGAGCCGCAGUUUAACGGAGCCGCUGCGGCGGGCGGUUACCUCUGGAGCCCCUACGUGUGCCGGUAUGAUGGGGGUGUGGGCGUGGCGCUGGUUUGCGGGGCUCUACUCUAUGACGCCAGGCAGGUUGCGCCUGGCAUGGCCUUCCCCGGCAAGGACGUGGUCGUCACAGUGCUGGAUUUGGAAGGCCGAGUGGCACACAGCCGUCCCUAUGGCAGAGCCAACGGCGGCACGGCGGGGGUCAGCAUUGGGUUGAUGGGCGAGCCGCUGCUGCUGGACCUGGAGGAUAAGGCGGCGGAAGGCGAGGCGCGGUGGGCGCGCUACCUGCGGGCUGGCAAGCUGCACAUGCGGGUGGAAUUUAGGUCGUAGGCAGCAGGGGGUUCGCUAAGGUGGCCAGCCGCUUGCUUGCGGGGCACACGCACACUCACGUGUGCGCUGGAAGCGAGCGAGCUUGGUUGCUCAUAGUGGUGCGGUGGAGAGCAAGGUGGUAUGGGGCGUGGCAAGGCCGUUGCCGUGCGGUACGGUAUGCGGAGACGGAAGUUUGGAGGCCUGGCACUGUGGCUCUCAGAGCCAGAAUUUAUGGAGUUGGUGUGGGUGGGUGGGAGGCAUGUGCCCGAGUUCAUGGAUAGGCCGUAACAGGUCCCUGAGACCCCAAGUUGGUCGCAAACGCAUUGGGCAAAGGCGGUCCCGUGUGGCCGCUCCGUGCGGGUGGGGCGCGGCGCCUGGACUGCGGGGGGAGCCCGAGGGCCCCGCUAACCCCGAGACCAGGAGAACCUGAAAUUGUAUAAUUGGAUAGAACGUCCUCACAGGCCGUGGCUGUGCGGCCGCAGCUGCUAAGGCCAUAGCUACCGCAUAGGGCUGUUGCUGUGAGGCCGUAGCGUGGCACUUGCGCAGCAGGUCAGCCGUGGCCCCAAAACGGACGUCAUGUAGUGUGGGCUCAGCCCACUUUUCUCUUCAGGGGGGCCCUUCAUAAUUUCGCUGUGCUCUGAUGAUUGUAUCGUGUGUUUCAGGUACGGCAGCAUGCACGUGUGCCGUACAUGCUGGGCUGUGUUGGGACGCGGUGGUAGCAACGGCCACGCGAUGUGUGAGCAUGCUGGAGCUACCAGGGAGUCGUGUGUUGGGCUUGGCGUAGGUGCCCCACGCGGUUUGUUACAGCGAUAAGCCUGCCUCUGCAAUGGCCGUGCGGCAACAGGAGUGCAUGACGGAGCCUUGGAAGGCGAACAGUGUGUGUACGGCACAGAGCCGUAUAUACCGGUAUUGUACGGAGGCCACAGACUCAGGGCAGCUGCUGCCCAGGUACCACUAACGCAGGUGCCGCGUCCUUUUGUGCUGGGUGUAAUUGUAGUAGGAUAGUCGGCAAAAGACGCAUCUAGAUGCCCCAGGGCACCGUCCGCAGGGUUAUAUACUUGUGUGUCGUAGAACUUCCGUGUUCCGCCCACAGUAAUUGUUUACAAGUGACGGCGUUGAGAUUGUGCCGCCCGACCACUACCGCAUCCAUCGGCCAUCCAAUUGCUCUUUGGGCUGUUACGCGGUACGCGUUCUCUGCUGCGUCAGCACACGGACCGAGCUCCAGUCCCGUGCGCCACUUCGGCCAACACUACCUCUAAUCUUGCCUC